GUGACGCGUGUUACUUUAGCUCAGAUUCUUCAUUUUAGCUCAGACGUUCGUCUUGCGAACGCCGUUUUUUAUAUUAAUAAAAAGCAAAUCAGUCUUAUUUUAUUACAACCUCGGCAUUUGGAAACCAAGUUUUAUUUUAGUAAGCGUCAAGACACCAUAACUUUAUGAUGGAGAAUUCUCUACCUGUAAUUAAAGUAUCCACAGAGAAGGUUGAGAAGUCAAAAGAUAAGACCGAUGACAGAAAAGAUAAAACCGCUGACAGAAAAGAUAAAACCACUGAUAGAAAAGAUAAAACCACUGACAGAAAAGAUAAAACCGCUGACAGAAAAGAUAAAACCGCUGACAGAAAAGAUAAAACCGCUGACAGAAAAGAUAAAACCGCUGAGAGAAAAGAUAAAACCACUGACAGAAAAGAUAAAACCACUGACAGAAAAGAUAAAACCACUGACAGAAAAGAUAAAACCGCUGACAGAAAAGAUAAAACCACUGACAGAAAAGAUAAAACCACUGACAGAAAAGAUGAAACCGCUGAGAGAAAAGAUAAAACCGCUGACAGAAAAGAUAAAACCACUGACAGAAAAGAUGAAACCGCUGAGAGAAAAGAUAAAACCGCUGACAGAAAAGAUAAAACCGCUGACAGAAAAGAUAAAACCGCUGACAGAAAAGAUAAAACCGCUGAGAGAAAAGAUAAAACCACUGACAGAAAAGAUAAAACCACUGAUAGAAAAGAUGAAACCGCUGAGAGAAAAGAUGAAACCGCUGACCGAAAAGAAAACGACACAGAACAAGCACAGGCGACAGGCAUCCAAAAGGUGGAAACAGAGCGAGAUGAACAGGCCGAGAUAGACAGUCUACUAGAUGAACUGAAAAAAUGGCUGCCUGGCGACUUAGAGGGAGAGAACAGGGAGGAAGAGAUUAUCAACACGGCUACCAUCAUGCUGUCUAAGCUCACGAUGAUGGCCCUGUACUGUCACAAUCAUCCUGAGUUAUUGAAACGUUGAGCUUAAUUAACCAUCAUGGUGUCUUAGCUCACGAUCUAGACUGUGGAUUGUCAAGCUUAUCCUGAGCUAUUGAAACGUUGAGCUUAACAACCAUCAUGGUGUCUUAGCUCACGAUGAUGGCCCUGUACUGUCAAAAUCAUCCUGAGUUAUUGAAACGUUGAAGUAAACAAAUUACCAUCAUGUCUUAGCUCACGAUCAUGAUUGUGGAUUGUCAAGCUUAACAUGAGCUAUUGAAACGUUGAGGUUAACAAACUACCAUCACGAUGUCUAAGCUCACGACUCUGUGGACUCUCAGGCUUAUCUGGAUUUAAAAACCGUUGAUGCUGACAUCAUGCUAAGCUCAACAUGAUGGCCAUGUAUUAUUAUUCUCAUCCGGAGUUAAAGAAACGCUGAGGUAGAGUUCGUGAACAUAGCUGCUAUCAGAUUGAUCAGACUCGUGAUGUUACCUUACUGCUGAGCUCAACUUGAAUUCAUGUUAUUUUUAAAAGCAUGUGAAUGACAGUUUUAACAAUUUACGUCGAAUUAUAUUUUAAUGUUUUUAAAGUACGAUGAAGUUGAUGUAAAUA